AUGACUUCUCACUUAUUCAUGAGUAUAUGCAAUGCAAAAGUGGAGAUCCAGUCCCUGUUUGUGCCGCGAUUUGUGGAGAACGGCACCGAAGACUCAAUAAUACUCGACUGUCUCUACACUCUGGACCCCAAUGAGGACAGCAAUCUUGUGGUCAAAUGGUUCCUAAACGACGAUCCGGAGCCUAUCUAUCAGUGGAUACCGGAGCUGAAGGCACGGCACGCCUCCAAACGACUUCAGGGCAGAAUCAAUAUGGACUUCACCGUCAAUACUGCCGACCCCUUAACCCAAUACCGGGCCCUCAAUAUACUGCGGCCGACCAUUGAUUUAAGCGGAAAAUACUCGUGUCAUGUGUUGUCCCUAUCAUCGCAGGACUCGGAGGAAGAGACUAUGAUUGUAUACGCUCCGCCAAAAAGUUUUGACUUCAAUUACACGCGAAACAAAGAUACAGAAAAUCAAUUAGCAUUGCGUACACGAAAGGGCGCACAUCAGUGGCACUACAGCCAAGACGGACAUCCGGGUCACUCAGCGCUGGGAUCGACAGCACCCGACGGCCACUACGGCGACUACAAUCAGCACCAACACCAACACCUACCACAACACCAGCACUCACCGCACGACCGGGACCAACAGGACCGGGAUAUGCCGCCUGAAUGGCAGCCUACCAGUGCCACCCUAAGCUGUCAAGUGCGGGACGUGUUCCCGGUGCCCGAAAUGACUAUAUAUCGCGUCAGUGACGACGACAGUAAGACUCAGGUGUUGACCGAAAUCGUGCAAAAGAUCGACCGCAACGCCAACGGCGCCUACAAUGUGACCAUCACUAGUGAUAUUAGAGACUAUGAACUCAUUGAGACGUAUGGCAGCCAUCGCAGCAAUUAUGAGUGUCUCCUCUUAUUGCCCGACGGAUCCAAAAACAAUUACCAGAGAAAGAAACGCAUCACUUAUUUAACAGGAGUUUGCAGUAUUACUGGAGUGGAGUGGAAAACCUCUUUUUUGGACGCCACACAAGAUUCAGAUAUAAUACUCUCUUUUAAUUCAUAG